AUGACUUUAAACAAAGUUAAUAAAAUUAAAGUUUCAAAUAAAAAUAUUUAUCUAGAAAAAUCGUCGGCAACGAUUCUCCCAACUUUUAACCACAUUUAUUCAAUAAACACAUUUCUUUAUCCUUCAACAAUUCUCUCAACAAAUAACCAUACUAUUUCAACUAAAACAAAUCAUCAUCAUCCCUUUUCCAUGAUACCGAUUGAAAUACUUCCACAUAUAUGUAAAUAUUUGGCACCAAAAGAUUUAGCCGCAUUGGCAUUAGUAUGUAAAGAGUUUAGUGAAAUAUUAUAUUUAAAUAAUAAAAAUUCUUCAAUUUGGCCAAUAUGUCAAGCCAUUUGGAGAGAAAGUAGGUUAUACGUCUUACCAAAAUACAAGAAACCUCCUUUACGUAUGAGCGAAAGAAAAUAUACUAUCAUGAUGUGUGGAACUAAUUGGAAAUGGGAUACAUUUUAUAGAAAUUCUUCAACGUUUGUGAUCUUUACGAGAUUCUUUUUUUUAAAAGACGAUCAACAAUAA